GAUUGACCUCACCUCUAUUCCUGCCACAAAUACCUUCCUUUUUGCUUGGUCUACACCGCUUCUUGAGGCCAAUCAAGACUCUCCCCCGCAUCAUGGCCGCUAGCACUGCUUUCGAUGGCGUUGACUUGGACGAAAUCUACGCUUUCACGGUUCAGCUGGCCAAAGAGGCUGGCCAGAUACUCCUAGAUGCAGUGGGAAGAAGCGGUCAACCACAGUCCACAGAGAAGGAAUCUGCCGUCGACAUCGUGACGCAGACUGAUGAAGAUGUUGAGGCCUUCAUACGUACCAAAGUAGCAGAUCGCUUCCCAACACAUACAUUCAUCGGCGAGGAGACCUAUAGCAAAGGAGCAUCAAGAGAAUUCCUAAUCCCCGACAAAGGCCCUAGUUGGUGUGUUGAUCCUCUCGAUGGUACGGUCAAUUUCACGCAUCGCGCGCCCUUUUACUGCGUCUCAAUAGCGUUUCUCUGGAACGGCAACCCGGUAGUGGGUGCUGUCAACGCACCAUUCCUUCGGCAAUUGUUUACUGCAUGUCAAGGCAAAGGAGCGUGGCUGAACGAGACAACUCAGCUACCUCUUGACCGCAAUCCUACACCCCCGAUGCCGGCCGCCGCACCGAAAGGCUGCGUCUUCUCUUGCGAAUGGGGCAAAGACCGACGAGACAUCAAAGACGGUAACAUGCACAGGAAAGUGAACAGCUUCAUGAACUUAGCGGCCGAACUCGGUGGGCGCGAUGGGCUCGGAGGCAUGGUGCACGGCGUACGGAGCUUGGGCUCUGCAACGCUCGACCUAUGCUACAUAGCCACGGGAGGCUUCGAUAUCUGGUGGGAAGGGGGCUGUUGGGAGUGGGAUGUUGCCGCAGGAUUCUGUCUGGUCAAGGAAGCAGGCGGCCUCAUCACAACUGCAAACCCUCCUUCAAAUCCGGAAACUACUUCGAUCCCUGACGCACAUCUCGGUAGCCGCCUGUACCUUGCGAUUCGGCCGGCUGGAGAUUCCGAUACGGAGAGCGGACGUCAAAGUCAAGAACGGACUGUGCGUGAGGUGUGGCGCCGCGUGCAGACGUUGGACUAUUCACGGCCAGGCAUAUGAUCCAGCAUUACUUGGUCCAAGCAAUGACGGAACUUGACACAACUGGGGAAGGUGUUUACAUAAAAACGAUACUUCUGCCGGCCACCUGAAUAAGCCUGCUGAGGACUUUGUACAUACAUCUCGUGCUGUGAGGCCGGUUUCUGAUGAAAGUCAAGGAUUUGGCUUGAAAAGACGCCGUUACUAGUCC